GCCACAAGGGGAGCAGGACCUUACUGAAGGCUGCAAUAACAGCUCCAUCCACAGAGGGCAGCACCACAGACAGGUGAGGAGGCCGAGGGUAAUACGUCACACCGGCUCCUCCCACUACUUCCGGGCCUUGCGGAUCCAUACCAUAACAGACGGUUGGAGCCAGAGCAAGCCAGAAUCUCUUGGCAGCCCAUAGGAUAGGGUUAAUAUAGCUUUGGUCAGCUCGGAGACGCUCUGCACGUGCAAAGACACGCUUCAACCUCCUUUUGCUUCAUAGUUAUCAGUUUACCCUACCGAAAAUACUUUAUAUCAAAUAAAGUAACUGUUAAAAGCUAUCCUUUGGAUUCGACCACUCUCCUUGAAGAAUACUGCAAUAUGGAAGAUGUUGAUGAAGGGAAAACAUGGGCUGAAGCCCGGGAGGACUGCAGGGGAAGGAGAGCAGAUUUGGUUGUAAUAGACAAUGAAGAGGAACAGAAUCUCGUCCCUUAUAACAGCUCCAGUUCUACGAGUGAUAUUAAGGGCUACUGGCUGGGCCUGUCAGACACAGCUGGGAAUGGGGCAUGGAGCUGGGUAGACGGGACCAACGUGACCCUGAAACUCUGGACCAGUACCAACGACACCACCUCCAGUCCCCGCUGUGCAGUAACACGGGAAACUGUUACACCCUUUGGAUGGAGUGGUGUGAACUGCACGGCCAAAAACCAUUGGAUAUGUGAAAAGAAGCGGCUCUCUGUUUAGCUCUCACUCUCAGGUCGGGAAGAUACACUCUGUUCUAGGCAUAUGUGUUCAUAUUUGGCUUUAUUUUAGGAGCUUGAAAGAAAUCCACUUGGAUCUCCACAAUUUAUAUUUCAAUGUUUGCUUUUUAAAUGUGUAUAGAAUGUGCCUUAACCAUAAGCAUUCACAAUGAAACAGCCAGCUUUUUUUUGGCGUGUGUAUUGGGAAACAGUGCUUGUGUCCAAAAUGUUUGCAUAUUACUCAAUAUGAAUAAUUUUUAAUAUGUUGUAUGCUUGGAGAUAUGUCUCAACGUGUUUAUUUUACCUGGCAUUCGUUACUUUUAUUUUUUGUCCAAUAAAACUAUCAAUACCAUUCUAAAAGUUAUUAUUGCAUGUGUGUACACAUCUACUAGUCUACCUCAUCUCUGUAGUGCAGGUGUAUCAUAAUGUUACAGGUCAGUCUCAAUCCCUCUCUGUCUCCUAUCUAGUAGAGAAUGUGUUCUAGCCAUGUGUUUUAAUAUUUUUGCUUUGUUUUCGGAGCUGGAAGGAAAUCCACUUGAAUCUCCAUACUUACAUUUCACUUUAAUAUUGACUGUAUAAAUGUUAACAGAUUGUGAAUUUAACCCUCAGGAUUCACAUGAAACCUGCAUCUUCAUUACAAUGAUCAGAUUUUUUUAAUAUCUUUUUUUAUUCUAUAAGACUGCUGUCCUUUUUACAACGAAAUCUCCAUUCUGGGAUCAAUGGACAUCUUAAUUAUUGUAUUGUAUAUUUUACAAUACAAUAACAGUAACUAUUUGGCAGAUUUCUGUUUCCCUCCUCACCUCACAGACCCAGAGCUACGCCCCUUUAUUUGCCCCUUCAUUUCCCAAUUAGCCCAUAUCAAUCAGUUAAUUACUCCCUGCCCUGCCACACACUAUUUAAGCCUCACCUGUGACCACACCCCAUU